AGGGACGAGUGGGCCGAGGCCAUCCAGACAGUCGCAGAGUCUCUGGCCAAGCAGGAGGAGGAGGGCAUCCUCUGCAGCCCCUCCUCCGCCAUCGAGAACGUCAACGAGGAGGAGAUGGACACCUCCAUCGGACACUACAAACGGAAGACAAUGAAUGACUUUGACUAUCUGAAGCUUCUGGGCAAAGGCACUUUUGGGAAAGUCAUUCUGGUGAGGGAGAAGGCGAGCGGCAUCUACUACGCCAUGAAGAUCCUCAAGAAGGAAGUCAUCAUAGCAAAGGAUGAAGUUGCUCACACACUCACAGAAAGUAGGGUAUUAAAAAACACUCGGCAUCCAUUCCUAACUUCUCUGAAGUACUCGUUCCAGACGAAGGAUCGGCUGUGCUUUGUAAUGGAGUACGUCAACGGAGGAGAGCUGUUUUUCCAUUUGUCAAGAGAAAGAGUUUUCUCGGAGGACCGCACCCGUUUCUACGGCGCUGAGAUCGUCUCUGCUCUAGAUUACCUUCAUUCUGCAAAGAUCGUCUAUCGGGAUCUGAAGCUGGAGAACCUCAUGUUGGACAAAGACGGCCACAUCAAGAUCACAGACUUCGGCCUGUGCAAAGAAGGCAUCACCGACACUGCCACCAUGAAGACCUUCUGUGGGACCCCAGAGUACCUGGCCCCUGAGGUGGUGGAGGAGGGCGGAUGGGAGACCAGGGAGGAGGGGGAUGAGAGGGGGAUAAACGGGGAGGUUGGGGGUCUCGUUCAUCACGGAGAUGGGCCGAGGCCAGACGGUACCGUUAUACCCUCCCCUCCCCUCCUGCAGCAACAGCAGCAUCCCGGCGCCGCAUCCCUCCUCACACUGGCGGAUGACGAAGCUAACAUCAGCUAG